AUGUUCACCAUGAAACAUGAUAUCAACGGCGAUGACAAUCUCCUAAGAGGAGAAGUGCUUGCAAUCAUCGCCGCAAUCGAGAGUCGAAUGUUGUUUCAAAGGUUCGACCAGCAUCUGACCAUUCCAGUCAUGAUCUUAUCUCAUGGGCCCCCAGCACGGCAGGAUCAUCCAGGCUUUCACAACGGCCAUAAUCUCAUUAUCCGCAAGGGCAAACUGCUAGAACUUGGUGACCCUGACACCAACCCUUUCGAUGUGUUUGUACGAUUCCUGGAAACGACCCAGUGGGAAAUACCAAACGCUCCCCAACGCUCCCAAGAGGCGAGUUCUCCAUCUUCACCGAGCCUGGUUGUGACUCCCCAGAUGCCGGUUAUGGGGCCCCGGAGUGCAUCUAUCGACCUGGAAGUCUCCGACUUCCCUUCGUGA